CCUUAUGACACUCGUAGACAGCAAACGUUAGCCUUAUGACACUCGUAGACAACAAACGUUAGCCUUAUGACACUCGUAGACAACAAACGUUAGCCUUAUGACACUCGUAGACAGCAAACGUUAGCCUUAUGACACUCGUAGACAACAAACGUUAGCCUUAUGACACUCGUAGACAACAAACGUUAGCCUUAUGGCACUCGUAGACAGCAAACGUUAGCCUUAUGACACUCGUAGACAACAAACGUUAGCCUUAUGACACUCGUAGACAACAAACGUUAGCCUUAUGACACUCGUAGACAACAAACGUUAGCCUUAUGACACGCGUAGACAACAAACAUUAGCCUUAUGGCACUCGUAGACAACAAACGUUAGCCUUAUGACACUCGUAGACAACAAACGUUAGCUUUAUGACACUCAUUGACAGCAAACGUUAACCUUAUGACACUCGUAGACAACUGACGCUUGUUUCAUACUAAAUUAUGGACAUUAAUUUAUUAUAAUCUUCACUUUAAAUUUUGGAAGGCAAGAUCUUGUUUGGUCCGUCUGUCUCAUAACUACACAAAAAUGGCAAUAUUUGCGUUAAGAUUAUUCAAAAGUGCACUUCAAUACUGACACUCUUUCUAUGGUUCUAAAUCGACUGAAUCCUAAUUUUAGGUGGUUAAAGUUUAGCUCAUCUUAAAUAAAAAAAAAUGCUUAUUUGACUUUAUGCCAGACGAAGAUUUUUUUUUCAAUAUGUUUUGACGCGAAAGCCACAGAAACAGUUUCUUUUCUCACCUGUCCUAAGGUGAGGCAGGUGGCUGGGUUGGGAGGAAUGGGUGGGACGGAGUGGGUGGGGGAUGGGGAGAAUUUGUUGCCUGGGUCUGUGAGAAGGGAAUGAGGAGAAGAGGGUAAGAGUAGGGGGAGAGGUGCCGAGAGAGAGAGAGAGAGAAUGAGAGAGAGAGAGAGAAUGAGAGAGAGAGGGGGGAAUGAGAGAGAGAGAGAGAGAGGGAGGGAGAGCGGGGAGAGGUAGGUACAGUCAGUCGUGCUUCAGCCUUGCUGUGAGUCAGAUGGGUCGGGGUUGAGGCGCUCUGCCCUAGCUGGCUCACUCGCUCGCUCGCGUUUCCUCCUGGAUAAACUUAGGAAUGAUGCUAUAGAGACGCAUGGUAAGAAUAUCCUGAGGAGCAUUACACAGUGUUGAGAAGGGGAAGUGAUGAACGUUGAUUGGUUAUAGAGAACUGUCAUGAACGUUAACUGGCGAUUUUGGGUGAAUUCUAAUCGGCUAGCGAAAUGUGAGUGCCCUGACUGGUGAAUUUUGAUGAACUCUGGCUGGCUAGCGACUUGUAAUGAAAUCUGAUUGUCCAGUGAAUACGAUACGAUAAGAGGAAAGACUUGAGAAUUAUUUUAAGAAUAAAGAGUUUCUUCUGAUGACAUUAGAAACGAAAGAAUAAGACAACAGAAAUUCGUAAAUGUUUUAGACGCCCACAAUACACCAGGACCUGGGAAGUGAAGUUUUGGAGCGGGAGAAAUACAAUACAUAAACUGUAUACAUAUAUACAUAGUCGUCAAGCCUCCUUGGCUCUUUAGGUGGCCAGUGGACACGUGUGUCUGACUCUCGGGGCAGCACUCAGCAGUACACCUUGAUCCCAGCCCGUGACGGGGCUGUGAAAAGUGCCGUGAGGUGAGAGAUCGAGACAGACAAACAGCUAAAGAGAGAGAGAGAGAGAGAGAGAGAGAGAGAGAGAGAGAUAGAAUCGGUAUAGAAUUGCUGUGCCGAUCAUCUGUAGGAUAUUAAGGAAACAGCUGUACUGUAAGUGUCAUCCCUGCUGUCAGAGAAGUCACAACUUUUGUUCUGUCAGGAGUGACACAGCUGCUGUGCUGUCAGGAGUGUUAUAUCUGCUGGGUCAGGAGUGCCACAGCUGCUGGGUCAGGAGUGCCACAUCUGCUGGGUCAGGAGUGCCACAUCUGCUGGGCCAGGAGUGCCACAUCUGCUGGGUCAGGAGUGCCACAGCUGCUGUAUGUGGAGACGGCUGGCAGCACCACAGCUCCCGGCCGUAGAGUGAGGACACACCAUGAUGGACACGACUCACUACUUCACCCUUCUGGCGCUCCUCAUCCUCACGCCUCAAGGAUUAUCUAAAGGAUACUACAAGGACCCGAAGGACUAUGACUACACCGAGUAUUAUUACUAUCCGGAGUUAGGUGCUGAUCCCCCGUCCUUCCUGGCUCGACCUCAGAUGUUUACAGUGGAGGUGGGGCAGUCAGUCAUCAUCCCCUGUGACGUAGAGAAUUCAGUAGGGAAGAACAAAUUGAUCAUUAAGAAGCUGCCGGCUAAUGGGGCCAGCGAGAAACUCCUGUCUGUCGGGAACGAUAAAGUGACCCCAGACCCGCGGAUGACAGUGGACGGGACACGCCUCACCAUCUCCCACACCCGCCCCCGAGACGCCGGCACCUUCAUCUGCCAGUUCGACCUGGAGCCGCCCCUACAGCUGCGACACACACUCGACGUGCAGUACGCGCCUACCGUCAGGGCCUUAGUGCCACCUGAGCAACGUGUGGCCAAGGGUAACAGCGUCUCCCUGGAGUGCAAGGCGCAUGGCAACCCUGAACCCAUCAUCCGCUGGUCUCGUCAGGAAGGUCCUCUACCCUCGGGGCACCGCAGCCAACAGGGCGAGAUGUUGACCCUGGAGGCGGUGGACCGUCACAUGGAGGGGACUUACCUCUGUACUGCCGACAACGGUAUCGGUGAACCCGCCUCAGCCGCCGUGUCCCUCACCGUGGAGUACCCGCCGGAGAUCACGACUGAGCAGGGCAUCGUGAGGACAGGGGAGGGGGACACCGUGGAGCUGGUGUGUGUGGUCCAUGGUCGACCUCCGCCAGACGUGAUGUGGACCCUGGACGGCCGUAAGCUACCAGACACCAUCAUGGACACCAAGCUACACCAGCCCCAGCAGCCCUCACAUACCCACACCACCCAUGACACCCACCUCAGCCAGACCCACUUUGCCCACCGCCACACGCUCACCAUCAACAACGUCAAGGAGAAAGACUUUGGCACGUAUGUAUGCAUCGCUGAGAACCCCCACGGCCAGAAGACUGCAGUUAUACAGAUGACCAGCUUGCCCAAGCCACCUCAGCUGACGAGCAGCCCCAACGGCGGGGAGAGCACCAAGUACACCCUCACCUGGGAGACGGAGAGCUACUACCCCAUCACCGAGUUCCUCAUCAAAUACCGCAAGUCACACCUAGGGGCGUGGCAGCAGAGGAACCACGACAUGGUGAUGGCUGACUCCUGGGAAAGUGUGUCAAGGACAGUUGAACCGAAUUCAAGGGCCACCCAAGGACCUCGCCACGCCCUCGCCUACACGCUGGAUGCGCUGGAGGUGGCCACGGACUAUGUUGCUGUUGUCAGAGUGAGGAACAAGUACGGCUGGUCGGCUGAAUCUGACAACUUCUCCUUCUCUACUAAGAAAGCCAUGGCCGUCCAGCAGUCAACCAGCGGGGCGAGAGGCCAGAUGAACGCUGCUCCCCUCCUGAUGCUGCUGAUGGUGUCGCUUGUCUUCACCAUGAUGCAGGGCAGCACCAGCAGCCACUAUCUCCUAGGAGAGAGAUUUCCGGCCACGCUCGCCGUCAGUCAGUCUCGUCAAUGAUGAUGUGCAAGACCAGAGGAUUACCUUGUGGUCUGUCCAUGGCCACGUGUCCGCCAUCAUCAAGUCUUUUUCUAGAUUUUCUCCAGCCAGUUAACCAAGAUGAUGAUUUACAGUAGCUGAUGACCACCAGGAGACGACCCUGUUGGUGUGCCGGGAGGAAGUGUACAUAUAGUUGCCCGCUGGCGUCAGAGAGCGAGAAACUCUUAGAUAUGUGUUUUUACAUUCAGUCUUAAGGUAACUUUGAUAUCUUCCGGAGUUGUAUACUAUGAACGCCACAGGCUGCUGACCACACCGAGCGUUGACAAAAAUAGCUUGUGAAAAAUGAGACUUGCGCUUGUUAUGUCCAGCGCUUACGUCCGGACUGGCGUUGUGGCCGGAUCCCGUGUUUGGACAGAAGGUGCUUGUGGCCCAUGCUCUUUAGUCCAGUGUUGAUCUCCCGCGUGACGGCUCCCACUCCAUGAUGUGAUUGAUGGAAAUAGUCCUUUACUGUAGUGAAUCCUUCUCAAAUAUCGAGUGUCAUUUCUGUUUUUACCGGAACAAAAUAUUUUAAGUGUUUGCACACCUGGGAAAUAUUAUAUUAUAACCAUCGUCCUACUGUGCUCUUGUGGGUGUUACGCCACUCUAUACAGAUCGGUGUACAACUGCUGUGUACACUUUUUACUGAUGUACAUACAUGUGUCAACAGAUGUCACAAGGUUGCAGACACAAACAGCUAUCAUACGGAAUAAUUUCAUGACUGUGCAUGUGUGAACAGCUGUCUAAGAAACAGGUGUCGUGAGCAUGCAGGCGUGAGCAGCUGUCAUAGUGACCAACUGUCUUGAGUGUACACAAUGAACGGCUAUCGGAAGGAGUGUAUGCCAUUAGUAUGAAGACGUGAAUAGAUGUCACACGUACAUGUCUUGGGUGAGCAGAUGUGAACAACUGUGAAAAAACCCCGUCAUGCACAGGUUAGCAGAUGUCACAAGUGUGCAAAAGUGAACAGCUGUCAUAAGGAACAUCUCUUAGAGUGUGCAGCGUCAACAUCUGUAGCAGAAAAGCAAAUGUCAUAAGUAAGACGAACUGAACAGCUAUUACAGAUGUCCAGAAGUGAACAGUCGGGAAAAAAAAGAUGCCAUAAGCCAACAGAAAUGAACAGUUAUCAUAAGAAGUAGACGUCUUGAGUAUGCAGACGUGGACAUAUAUUACAAGUGUGCAAAAGUGAACAACUGUCGUCACAAGUAUACAGAAUUGAACAGCUGUCACAAGUGUGCAAAAUUUAACAGCUGUCAAAGAUGUGUAGAACUCUACAGCAGUCACAAUUAUACAGAAUUUAACAACAGUCACCAAGUGUGCAGAAUUGAACAGUUGUCACAAGUGUGCAGAAUUGAACAGUUGUCACAUGUGUGCAGAAUUGAAAAGCUGUCACAAGUGCGCAGAAUUAAACAGUUGUCACAAGUCACAUGUUUUGAGUGUGUAGACGUGAACAUCUGCCAAAGGUGAUAAUUAUUAAGAUGUUUCUUUGGUCAUCAACAGUUUGUGUUUAUAUAAGAGGAUGGCGUUAAACCACUGGCUUCUUAUGUGUGUUUUUGACGUGUUCGUGUCAUGGUGGAUUUGCUAAGAAAUACUGUAUUCAUUAUUGCAUAUUAUGACGAGGUGGUACAUCACUGGCGGGUCGUUUCAGGGGUUCAGUGGUGAGAUGCUGUGUGUGUGUGUGUGUGUGUGUGUGUGUGUGUGUGUGUGUGUGUGUGUGUGUGUGUGUACAGGAGACGUUAAUCAAGUAUCUACCAACGUGUUGUUAACUAUGAGUCAUUUAGGUGACCCGUGGUACAAAUAUCACCUGGGUUGGGGAAAUGAACGUGUACCGAACACAGGUUGACAUUUGAGAAUUGUUUUUAAGAGUCACCUUAAAGGCUCACAGUUGACAUGAGACUAAUGAUUUUCGGUCCCGUUAACCAUUCACGUCUCUUGUACGGACAAAGGUUCAAAAACAGUAAAUCAAGUCACAUUUUGAGCCCCUGUUAUGACCCCUUUAGUUAAAAUGCUUCAUGUUAAACAAAGGUAAAGUGCUUGGAAUAUUAAGUCAUGUAUGACCUGUCGAAGGCUUGAUGUCACGUUAAGCUAAAUUAACGUGUUGACUAAUUUUUUAUAUCAUAUAGCCUGUUAAAAGAUUAAUAUUAUAUUAAGCAAGAAUAACAUGAUUGAGACAAAUUUACGUAAAUAGGAUGCUAAGCAAUAAAUGACAUGUUGACGAGAGAUGUUGUAUAGCAUAGCAUGUUAACAUGUUACUGUCAUGUUAAGCAGAAUAUGAUGAGAAUAGAACAAAUAUAUGAUAUAAAAGCUUAAUAUAUCUUGUUAAGCAAAUAAAUAAAAUUCCCCCCAAAAGUUAUAUAACCUGUUAAAAGCUAACUAUCAUGUUGAGCCAAUAACAUGAUAGAAUAAAGCUCUAACUUAUAACCUGUUAAAAAGCAUUAAAAAAAUACCAUGUUGAGCAAAGCUAACAUGCAAGAAAAAAUAUAGCAUGAUGAUUUCUUACAUCAGGUACCCAGUGUGAGUUCUGUUAUACGAUGUUCUCCCAGGCAUAUGGUGUUCUCCCUUACUUUGCUGUGAGACCCACGGUAUUUGCCAAAACACUGCACCACCUCCAUAUGUUCUAUUUAUUUAUUUUCUUAAUAAAGGACAAACAGGUU